AUGGUUGAAUGCAGCUCAGAUACCCAGAUCCGACCAUUUCUGGUGGAGAAGAGAUGUGAGCCGACAUAUGAAGAAUCAGUGAAUGUCUUGACAGCUGAUGGAAAAAUAUGGUUCACACCCAUAAUUGACUUCAUCAGAGAAAAGAGGUAUCCUAAACAGUUCACUGUGGGAGACAAGAAGCGGCUACAAAAGUUUGCCACACAAUUCAUUCUCCAAGGAGACUUAUUGUACAAAAGAUCUUAUGAUGGCAUACAACUGCUCUGUGUAAAUGAGGAACAAGCUCAAACAAUCAUAAAGGAAAUCCAUCAGGGAAUCUGCGGACCGCAUAUGAAUGCUAGAAUGCUCGCCAAGAAGAUCCUAAGGCUGGGAUAUUAUUGA